ACAUAGUACUUAGUCAAUGAGGAAGGAGAGUGGAAAAGUCUUCCAUCUUGGCCCUCUAUUGAAUCUUUUCCCUUUUCUUCAAGUCUUUGUAACAAAAUUCCAAGUCCACAGGUAGAAAAUUAAACCAGAUAACAAGAUUAAUAUUGCAGAAGAACUCACUUUUCCAAUUUUCUUGAUAUGGCUUCUACUUCCUUGAUUUUGUGUUGUUUAAUGAUCUUUAACCUACUUCAAGUACAAGGUAACUCCGAAUCAAACUGCACUGAGGAAUUCGAGUGUGGAAGCCUCGGAAUUAUGAAGUUUCCUUUCACAGAUUCCAGCAACCCUGAGUGCGGAUUGUGCAAGUUUGAUUGUCAGGCUAAACCAUAUCCAAAGAUUGAACUUGGUGGACACAAAUAUGAUGCGUUAGUCAAGAAGGGUGAUUUUUUCCUGAUUUCAGAUCCUAAGCUUCACAAGCAAUUAGAAAACAAAAGUUGCAAGCCUUUUUAUAAAAAAAUCUCAUUUCCAAACUCCCCUUUGAUUUCUUUCCAAAUUGUUCCUAACUUGACCUUGUACAGAUGCAAACAUAGUCAUGACAACAAUAUCCAAAAGACAACUGAUUCCUUUUUCCAAGAUUUUGAUAGAUACAAUAAGUGUAAAGAUUUUAAUGUUUACUAUCACCAUCCCAAAAAAGCAUUGACAAAUACUAGUGCUAAGAUAAGUGGCAAACUUCCAAAGCUCUGUUCACUGGUACAAUUGCCAAUUCCAUUGCCUACACCAUCUAAAUCAUAUUCCAGUGACUUGUUUGAACUGUUAACUUCUAGUAUUCUUCUAAACUGGGAGUUGUCUAAAGAUUGUCAUGACUGUCUUGACAAAGGAGGGAAAUGUCUGAUCGGUGACGAACACAACUUUCACUGUUCCAAAGGACAAAAAGGACAAAGUAAGUUGAGAAUGAUUAUUCUGGCCUCAGUUUUAAGUGGAGUCAGUUUGAUCGUAGUAUCUUCCAUUGUCAUCUUUUCUGUCUGGCGUCGCAAGAGAGGGAAGAACGGUUCUACACAAUUUCGUCGGCAUCUUGAGGUAGAGAGCAGAUAUUUUGGUUUUCAGGUUCCCGUUUUCACCUAUGCUGAACUUAAGGAAGCCACCAACAAUUUUGAUCCAUCUAAUGAACUUGGAGAUGGAGGUUUUGGAACUGUAUAUUAUGGAAAACUAUAUGAUGGAAGAGAAGUUGCAGUAAAAUGCCUCUAUGAGCACAACUGCAAGAGAAUGCAACAGUUCAUAAAUGAAAUAGAGAUUCUUACUCGUUUGAGGCACCAAAAUCUUGUGUCCCUUUAUGGCUGCACAUCGAGACGAAGCCGUGAACUUCUCCUUGUUUACGAAUAUAUUCCUAAUGCAACAGUUGCUGAUCAUCUCCAUGGCGAAAGAGCGGCAGAGGGAUUGCUCACGUGGCCCAUCCGCAUGAACAUUGCAGUAGAAACAGCCAGUGCAUUGGCUUAUCUCCAUGCUUCUGAUGUAAUUCAUCGCGAUGUCAAGACUAAUAACAUCCUUCUUGACAACAACUAUCGUGUCAAAGUUGCAGAUUUUGGGCUCUCAAGGCUUUUCCCUAACGACGUUUCUCACAUAUCAACCGCUCCUCAAGGGACGCCUGGAUAUGUUGAUCCUGAGUAUCACGAAUGUUAUCAGUUGACUGACAAAAGUGAUGUUUAUAGUUUUGGCGUUGUCCUGAUCGAGCUCGUAUCGUCAAUGCAAGCAGUGGAUAUAAGUAGGCAUAAGCAGGAGAUCAAUUUGGCUAACUUUGCUAUAAACAGGAUACAAAGAUGUGCAUUUGAUGAACUGAUCGAUCCAUCGCUCGGGUUUAAGUCAGAUACGCUUGUUAAGAGAAUGACUAUCUCUGCCGCGAAUCUAGCUUUUCGGUGCUUGCAAAUCGAGCAGGAUAUUCGGCCAACAAUGGAUGAAGUAUUGGAUAUUUUAAGAAAGAUUCAAAGUGGAGAGUUUCAUCAAAUUGAGAAGACCUUAUAUGAUACUUUCAGUUGUAACUUAGUCAAGUCUAAGAGUGUUAAUAUCCCUCCUUUUCCCCCUGAAUCAGAUGAAGUUGCAUUGCUCAAGAAAGUUAAGUUCCUAUGUUCUUCAGAUACUAAUAGUGAGAUAUGGAUUAGUGGCUCUACCGCAACAAGCACUAGUGAGUGAAUAUCUAUGUUGCUCGGACCCUGCACGGGUGUUAGAUCCUUAAAAAUGCAUGGCUUUUGCAGGAUCCGACGCACACCGUACGAUGUUUUUGAAGUGUCCGAGCACCAUCGGUGAAUAUCUUAGGAAUGUAUAGAAUAAUGUACUUUCAGACUUCAAAAUCUACCAACUCUCGGCUAAAACAUUGGAUGAGCUCAAGAUACAGGGAAUGUACAUAUCAUAAAUUAUGUUCUUGAUGUAUGCUUCUUUUUUGCUUUUCAA